CACAAAUCACAUCACCGCAGCGCUGCAUCACCGUCAAAGCCUCAAUUUUGGCAGCAUAGACAUGAUGUCCCACAACGAACCAUGGCCGCCACUUCCACCCGACGUCGACACUACCAAGCUCGAGGUCGAAAUGCCUGAGCUCGCCGUCUCCGCAAACAGCACGCUUUACAGAGUCAAGGGGCAGCCGUCCACGGUCUACAAGUUCAGAGGGCAUCCUCGCGAAUACCAACUUCAAAAGGCGGCCGGCGAUUGCGCCAUCCCGGUCCGUGGGCGGGUGCUAGGCAAGUCAACCGUCGGAACCGGUCAUGUCGUCUUCUUUGGCUUCCUGAUGGAUCUUGCCGCUCCGAUCCCAAAGACUUUGUCACUACCGCAGCGCCGGGAUAUCAUGCAUCAAAUGAUCCGCACCAUCCAGCAAUUGCAUGCGAAGCGAAUCGUCCACGGAGAUAUCAAGCUCGAAAACAUGCUUCUUGACAGCCGCGGUAAGCUACGACUCUGUGAUUUCGCCGAGGGGCGGUAUCUCGACGAGGACGAGCGUGUCUGGGAAGGCAACUCUACAUGGCAUUUCGAGUCACCAAACAGGCUUCGGAGAGGUGAAGGGCUCGGACACCGCCUGCCACCGCCAAUCAUCGAGGGUGACCUGUACGGCCUCGGCCUGAGCAUCUGGCAGUUGUAUACGGGCAGAACCCCGCACGAGGAUAUGGUUAUCGACGACCUAGGUCUCAAGGAGAGGCAACGGAAUGGACAGACGGUCAAUGUGGCCGAGGUAGGAGAUCCCGAGGCUCGUGAUAUCAUUGCAAAGCUUCUCUGCCGAGGAGGGGCGCGCAUUUGAUGGCGUAGUUGGCGGUGUUCAGCUCCGAAGUUGCUAGGAUUUGGGCCUCCCUAACGUCUAAUAGCUCUACAUUCUCGGUCUCCAUUCCUCCUCUCUUCUCAGACUUCUCUUUCCCACUCACGCCCUCGCCUGGGUCGCCAAACCUGACCAGCAUGAUUGGCCCUCAAUUUCUUUUGUCAACAACUCUCAGCUCCACGUGUUAAAACGAUCCUGCCCCGUUCCCCGCUUCCCCAGGAAGCGUCGUCUCUCACCCCUUCUACUCGACUUGCCGCGCUGCAUCCCGGUCAAUGCACUCAGUCCAGGUGCGGU